GAGCAGUAACAACCAUCGACAUUGGUAACAACUGUCAAAUUUCACUGUUUCUGUAGUGGUUGUUGCCUGGAAAGGUACAUAAUUUUUAUAUACAAACGAACGAACUUAAACAACUUUCAAACAAAGAAGUCUUUUCUUCAAAUAUUUUUGAAUUUUUUUUAGAUUGUGUGUUGUUUUGGUGGUCGUAUUGAAAAAUAUAACUGAAAACUGGACACGUAAUUAUAGCUAGAGCAGAUUUUUAGUUUGAAUUACAUCACACUGGAUUCAUAAAUAAAACGAGUAGUUAGAAAAAGUUGGAGUUCAGCAUAUUUUUUGGAUAGUUUACGGGGAAGGAAUGGAUACAAACAACGGAUCAGAUGUAGUAGGCAAUGGCCAUAAUAAUCCUGAAGAAGAUUUUCAUGAUGCAGAAGAUGGUCAAUGCUUCGGAAGUGGAAAAGAUGCAGGAGAUGCUCGAGGACAACCUGGACCCCAGUCUGGAAAAGUAUUUGCACGAAUGCCUGUUCCUAAAUAUGCCACCCACUACAGAAUGGAUCAUCCAAAAAGGGGGUUAGCAUUGAUUUUCAAUCAUGAAGUUUUUGAAUGUGGUGGAUUGAAACCUCGCUCCGGUACUAAUGAAGAUUGUAAAAACCUCAAGGAGUGUCUAGUAAAAUUAGGAUUCGAUGUCCAAGUCUUCAAAGAUUUGAAUUAUACUGAUAUCGAGUUUCAAAUAAAACAAGCUGCACGAAUGGACCAUUCAUCUAGUGACUGCAUCCUGGUAGCAGUUCUUUCCCAUGGUGAGAUGGGAAUAAUAUAUGCUAAAGAUACUCCUUAUAAGCCAGAUUACCUCUGGUCACCUUUUACAGCUGAUAAAUGUCCAACUCUAGCAGGUAAACCCAAGAUGUUUUUUAUGCAGGCAUGCCAAGGUGACAAACUUGACAGUGGUGUCAACUUGUACAAGACUGAAACUGAUGGUUUAAUCUGUGAUACUUACAGAAUCCCAGUGCAAGCUGAUUUUCUAAUUGUCUAUUCCACUGUCAAAGGGUACUAUUCAUGGCGUAACACAACCAGGGGUUCAUGGUUCAUCCAAUCUCUCUGUGAGGAACUUAAAAAUAGGGUGAAUGAGUAUGAUGUCAUGACAAUCCUUACUUUCGUAUCACAGCGUGUCGCUCUAGAUUUCGAAAGCAACGUUCCUGAUUCCAUGACGAUGCACCGCCAGAAACAAAUACCUUGUAUUAUGAGUAUGCUCACCAGGUUGAUUCGCUUCAAGGCCCCUUCAAGUGCACAGUAAAUUAUUACUGAAGUGAUGUGAUCCAUUAGAAUAAUUUGAAAGAUAAUGAAAUGCGCUCUUGUCUUAUCUUAAAUACUUUACUUUUUAACCUUGUUUUAAGUAUGUGUUUCAUAUAGAUUUUUACCCAUGUGAAGAUUUAUCUAGUAUAUUAUAUAUGAAGGGAUUAAAGUGCAUGUACCGUCUCCUA